UUUUUUUGUUAGAUCUCUUACUUCAAGUUGGUUGUUUCUUUGUAUGCAGAGUCUUCAUUCGGGAGUUGAAACGACUGGACAACAUUACACAGUCUCCAUUCCUUUCACACAUCACUUCGAGCAUUCAAGGUCUCUCUACCAUCCAUGCCUACAAUAAAGGAGAGGAAUUCCUGUACAAAUACCAACAACUGCUGGAUGAUAAUCAGGCACCAUUCUACUUGUUCAGCUGUGCAAUGCGCUGGCUGGCUGUCAGACUGGAUAUUGUCAGCAUUGCCCUCAUUACAACCACCGGCUUAAUGAUUGUCUUAAUGCACGGCCAAAUCCCACCUGCUUAUGCUGGGCUCGCCAUCUCUUAUGCUGUUCAGUUAACGGGGCUGUUCCAGUUUACAGUCAGGUUGGCCUCAGAGACAGAGGCUCGCUUUACUUCUGUGGAGAGGAUUGACCAUUACAUCAAGACUCUUUCCCUGGAAGCCCCAGCUCGGAUCAAGAAUAAGGCUCCCCCUCCAGACUGGCCCCCCGAAGGAGAAAUUAUCUUUGAAAAUGCAGAAAUGCGGUAUCGUGAGAGCCUGCCACUUGUCCUCAAAAAAGUGUGCUUCACCAUCAAACCCAAGGAGAAGAUUGGAAUCGUGGGGAGGACGGGCUCAGGAAAAUCCUCUUUAGGAAUGGCUCUCUUUCGCUUGGUGGAACUCUCAGGAGGCUGCAUUAAAAUUGACGGAGUAAAAAUCAGUGACAUUGGCUUAGCAGAUCUUCGGAGCAAGCUUUCCAUAAUUCCCCAAGAGCCAGUCCUCUUCAGUGGCACUGUGAGAUCUAAUCUGGAUCCUUUUACACAGUACAGUGAAGAGCAAAUCUGGGAGGCUUUGGAAAGGACUCACAUGAAAGACUGUAUUUCUCAGCUGCCCAUGAAACUUGAAUCUGAAGUGAUGGAAAAUGGUGAAAAUUUCUCCGUUGGGGAGAGGCAGUUGCUUUGCAUCGCCAGAGCCUUGUUGCGUCGUUGUAAGAUCUUGAUCCUGGACGAAGCAACAGCUGCUAUGGACACCGAGACUGAUUUACUGAUCCAAGAGACUAUCAGAGAAGCCUUUGCAGACUGCACAAUGCUGACAAUCGCUCAUCGUCUGCAUACGGUUCUGGGCUCUGAUCGGAUUAUGGUACUGAUGCAAGGACAGGUGGUGGAAUUUGAUACUCCAUCCGCUCUUCUGUCCAAUGAGAAUUCCCGCUUCUAUGCCAUGUUUGCUGCUGCAGAAAAUAAGGUUGCUGUAAAGGGCUAAAAUUCAGGGCAAAGUCACUUUAAUAUGGAGUGUAAUUCUUCUCUGCCUGUGGCAGGGAGGUUCCUCCUCCUCCAUUUCCAUGUCUUUCAAGCAGGUUGUCUUUUCACUCUUAAUUUUUUAGGAUCGUGGGUCAAGAUUUGAGUUCUUUUUUUAAGGAAAAAAAAGUACUGUAAGGAGGAUUCUUUAUGGUUUUUAUUAUGUAUUUAUUUCAUAUUCUUCUUACUAAUUUUUGCUAUUAAAUGCACUCUACGAAAUGGCUCAGGGAGCCAUGUUAUAAAUGUAUCCAGAGGCCUAUAUUGAAGCUUUAUACAUGUAGCUAUAUCUAUACAGAAUACUGUACAUAGCCUAUAUUUACAGUGGAAAUGUAAGCUGUUUAUUUUAUAUUAAAACGAGCGCUGUGGUAAUACCAGUGCAUAUUCUUUUCUAUCAUUUUUUUGUACCAUUUAAUGGCGUUGGGAAUCUGGCUUUGGCCAGGCUGCACUGGAGUCUCCCUGGUCUGUUGCAGCCAGGUUUGCUCUUGGUGCUGGAUUUUCCCCAACUUCCUUGUGUGGCCUCCCUCCCUCCCUCCCGCAUUUUCAUUGUCCUACACAAGGGGUGUGGACCUUGAUGAGACGGCGGAGGUGCAUCCAAGCAGUCAAGGACCUUGACAAACCGUUGGCACAGAUGGAUAGGAGCCCCAGUUUCCCAUGGUACCGACCCCUGGAGGGGUUAACCUUUUUUCCCUUUGGGUGAUUUUGUUAAUGAACUCUUAUCAGUAGCAGUAAGUGAAGAGCUACCACAGCACCUCAGGUACCUUCAAACCCAUGGCCAUUCACUCGGGUGCAAUAAAGAGACCAUGGUGACCCUGUUGGUUGGCUGGCUGAUAUUUUAUCAAGUGCAAAUUCAAGCCACUCCUGUUUUGCUAAGCAAAAGCACCUGUCCAGAGCGUCCAGCAUUAUUGCUGAGCUAUAGCAGCGAAUCUUUUUCAGACUGGACCCUGCUACUUCCUAUAGCGUUUCUCUGCUGAGUUGCAGAUUUAGAGAUAUUAAUGCUUACUCUGGACAGUUCUCCAGAUAUUUUGAUAUUUCUAACAGUUAUUCAUUCAUCCAACUCUGUACGUGCACAAACUUUUGCUCCUGCAUACUUGUUACUGAAAUUGUUACAUCCCCAACACCUUGCAGCUUUUAGCAGGCACCUGAUCAAGUUUGACACUGGUGUAGGAAAUUUUAUUUUCUAAUUGUAAAGAGACCUACCUCAGGUUGCUGGUCCUGUGUUGUACGUUACCAUGGUUACUGUACACCAUCUGUGUUGUAUGGGACCAGUAGCCCAGAUGGGCAUGGUCAGUCUUGUAAUAGCUGUUUCAAUUGGUCAGCACUGCAUGUUUGUUGGUUGGUUUGUUUUUCUUUGUCCAGGUGGACAUUUUAUAGCCUUAGCAUGUUUGCAAAUUGUCUUGUCCAGACAGACAUCUGCAAAAGUAAAUAAAGAUUAUUUUGGUUUUUGUAAA